GACGAAAUCUUUUGGAUCGGGAAGCCAAGGUGUCUUGGUGGUGGAGAAUUUUUUCUGGGCUGACUGGACAAAAACGCCACUUACCGACAUUGUCGCCAAGAGUCACCAUCUCGAGAUUUUUCCUGACCGACACUCUUGAACCAUUCCUUACUCUGUGCGCGUAUUUGCUGCUUUUCAGAGAUUGAUAAGAUUGAAUCUUGACGUUAAUUGGGCUUUUCUGCCUCUCUUAUCUGCUCUACUAUACCGGCUUUGCGCUUUUGUCUCACCUGAACCGGGGAACCUUUUCUUCCGACUUUCUCCUUGGGGCGAAAUCCUAAGGGAGCCUGAUAAAGAGAGUUGGGGGGCGCGCCUUGGCGAAAGUUAUGGCGGCUGCGGCCUUUAUCAUUGCUGUUCACUCUUCACGUUGCUAACAAUUAGCUGAGGCGUCAUCACAAUGGCCAACAUCUGGGCCGUUCCGCUGGCGCUGUCCAACUUCAACAUUGUGGUUGCGUUUCUGGGGGGGUUCAUAUCGCUGUUUGGGCUGGUGUCGUAUCUCUUGAAGGAAAAUUACUACUUAUCGGAAGCUCUUAUUUCUCUUCUCUUUGGAGUUGCUUUUGGGCCUCAUGGAGCGAAUUUCAUUCGGCCGGAUGCCUAUACUGAAUGUACCACGCCUGGCGGCCUCGACGUCGAAUGCGCGGACAAGCGUCUGAGCGACAUCACGCUCAACUUCUCGCGACUUGUCCUGGGCGUGCAGCUAGUUCUUGCAGGGGUGCAGCUGCCAAGCAAGUAUCUGUGGAGAGAGCGCAAGUCUCUUGGGUUGCUGCUCGGCCCUGGCAUGGCCUUCAUGUGGAUUGCCACGAGCCUGCUUGUCUGGGGCUUUGCCGGGACGCCAAGUUUCUUACACGCUCUCGCAGUAGGCGCCUGUGUCACGCCUACGGAUCCUGUGCUGUCUGCUGUUAUUGUCAAGGGGAAAUUCGCCGACCACAACAUCCCCAAGGAGCUGCAGAACCUCAUCGUUGCCGAAUCCGGUGCCAAUGAUGGAUUGGGCUAUCCGUUCCUCUUCUUCGCCCUGUAUCUGAUUAAGUAUGUUGGCUCUGGAGCUACCUCUGGCGGAGGAGGCGAGGCCAUGGGGCUUUGGUUCACGUACACUUGGGCGUACACGAUCCUCUUGAGCAUCAUCUAUGGUGCGGUAGUGGGAUUGCUGGCCAAGGAGCUCCUCCGCUGGGCUGUGAAGCGCAACUACGUCGACCGCGAAAGCUUCCUCGUGUCUGCCAUAUCGCUAGCCUUGUUUGUUCUUGGCACAUGCGGGCUCAUUGGCACAGACGACGUUUUGGCGUGCUUUAUUGCUGGAAAUGCAUUUACUUGGGACGACUGGUUCCGUCUCGAAACAUUGGACGACUCUCUGCAGCCUACAAUCGACAUGCUCCUCAACGUCACCAUCUUCUUGUGGUAUGGAGCGUAUAUUCCUUGGACCGAGUUUCGCCACAACACCAUCAUUCCUAUUUAUAGACUCAUACCUCUCGGCAUUGCAGUGCUGCUCGUGAGGCGCCUCCCAUGGAUCUGGGGUAUGCAUAGAUGGAUUCACCAAAUUACCGGCACGCACCAGGCUCUCUUUGUUGGCUUCUUCGGCCCAAUUGGAGUCUCUGCUGUGUUUUAUUUGUUCAUUACUUUGGAAUUCAUUGAAAAGUUCAUGAGUGAUGAAGACGGGAACCCAAGGAGCGACGUCAAGGAACUGGGCGCCACGGUGAGAAUUGUGGUUUGGUUCCUGGUCGUUUGUAGCGUUAUUGUCCAUGGCUUGAGCAUUCCGCUGGGCAAAAUUGGUUACUUGGCCCCGCGAACCAUUUCCCGUGUUCUCACCGAAAACAGCAACGGCGGCAAUGUGUACUACGGCACAGCCAUUACUACCAUGUCCAGAUGGUUCUCUGUCGCAAAGGAUACCGAGGAGAUACCGGUAGUAAAUAACCCUGCCGUCCUCGGAAGCAUUAUUCGUACGAAUAAUGACGCCACUUCGGAACCUGCAAGGCCGCGGUCCACGCCUCCGUCUGAUGCAAAUACACCGAGAAUCGUUUGGCAGGAUCUCGAGCCGAUUCGGCGAGUGAGGACUGACGGUUCGAGGAGGAGCAACCCCCUCCCAUGACGAACUGGCGUCCGUCAAGCCGACCGAGUCUGUAUUCCCGGGAUGUGUUGGCUUCUACAUGGCGCUGGGUGAGCUGAGCAUGUAGAAGCCAAAAAUAUGCAUAUUUUCCUCCUCCCAAAAGUCAACUUCGUCGGCGUUCCUGCAUUAUGCUUAUUUUGGGCCUAUUCUCGAUUAUUUCCGUACCUCAUGAGUGAUGGCUUACGCCUCUGGCCAAAAGCCUUGAUGCUUAUACUUUCGCAUACUUUCUAUAACGUACCCAUUUUGAGUGCCGGUGGCUUAUUCCCGCGAUGAUUUUACCUCACCAUGCCUCUUCAUAUAUAGAUGUAUAUAGGCAGCAGCAAAGAUCUCUUUCGUCUGAUUAAUUUAGAUAACAAACAAUUCAAGCAUAAUACAAAAUACCCAAUAGGGCCAGCGUUCAAGGAGA